UGUCAUCCUGAGAGUGGGAGGUAGAGGGAAGGGUCUCCAAUGGGCAGCGAAUGUACCAGGGUGCUGAGCCAGCCCAGCACUGCCCCCUCCUGGUCCGCUCCCAGCUCCUGGGCCUCAGAAGCUCCGUCUCCUGUGUAGGGCACUGGCCUCGCCCUAUCUUUGCUUCCAGCACCCAAGGCAGCCGCAGAUGGCAGCGUCCCUGGGGACAGUAGCUGUGACUGAGUCCGCAGGCCCGCGGUGAGCAGCUCGGGCUAAGGCGGAACAAGCAUCUGCAGGGCGUGAGGGCUGGAGCUGUUUGGAGCCCCUGACCUCUGCUCCAUGGUGCAGCAUUGCAGCUGGGAUGGUUUCUGUACUGCCCCAGCCCCCACUCUCAAGUGCAGGCUAGGACACUGGAGCCCUCACUGGUCCCAGGGAGGCCUGUGUGCAUCACCUUGUCCCAGUCAAGCCGGUUUGGAGCAGCCUUCCUGCCUGGGGGUCUUCUUCCCCACCUUCCACCCACUCUGGCAACACCUGGUCACAGCGCACCCGGGAGCAGGGGGACAAGAGGAGCUGGAGUUUGCAGACAGAGGGCAGGAAGCGGACUUCCGGAGAGGCCGGGCCGUUUCCCGAGGGCACGCAUGCUGGAGAGGGACUGAGCCCAGCAGCUGUUGCCUGCAAGUCUCCUGCUUACAGGCUGAGGCCGCUGCGAUGCCGCACUUCCUGGACUGGUUCGUUCCUGUCUACCUGGUCAUCUCCGUCCUCAUCCUGGUGGGCUUCGGCGCCUGCAUCUACUACUUCGAGCCUGGCCUGCAGGAGGCGCACAAGUGGCGCAUGCAGCGCCCCCUGGUGGACCGGGACCUCCGCAAGACACUGAUGGUGCGGGACAACCUGGCCUUCGGCGGCCCGGAGGUCUGAGCCCGCGGGCAGGAGCGGCGGGCACCCGCCCGGGCGCUCCCAGCAGAGAUGCUCCGGGAAGACCCUGGCAGCCGAGGAGGCGCACCUGGCGCCCGAAUGCAUUGCAGCAGCUGGCGCAGCGCCUUGGCUCCCUCCCCUGUCAAGCCGGCUCACUCUGCACCCCUCUUCCCCAGCUCUGGGCACACCCCGCACUGGUCCCCUGUGCCUUUGUGCUGCUCAGCCCUCUGCCUCUCCACCUGGAGUCAGGAGUGGCUACCCCUGCCCGUCCUGGGCCUCCGGAUCCCCAGCUGCACUGAGCUCCCCACUCCCGACAGUGGCUGGGACAGGCAGGGUUGACCCAAGGAGAAGGUCUUGUUGGGAGGAAGGGCAGCUGGGUCCAGCCUCGCCCCAACACCUGUAACUCAGGCUUGGAAGUGGGGAGGGUUUGGGGUGGGGGCCUGUAGAGGGUAAGAGCCCAGGGAAGGGAGGGGGAGGGGAGUAUGAGGGUCUGGGGCAGGUCCCCGGAGGGUGGGGAGGUGCAGGUGCAUGUGUGGGAGAUACUGGGGGCCUCAGCGGGAUAGCAGCUGAUGGGGACCGGAUGAGCACUCUGAGGCUUGUCCCCAGUGAGUGCCUCUCGCCUCCCUCUGCUGGGCUUUGCCUGCCCUUCCCCUUCCUCAGGGCUCGGGUGGAGCCCCUGCACUCUCUCCCUGUUCUGUGCUGCACUUCGAGGGCCGAGCCAGGCUCCCCCAGACCCUCCAGCCCCCCCCCCAGCCCCUCCUGCACGCUGCCUCCAUUGCCUCAUCCUGGAUGCAGGCUGGCAGCCUGCCUCACUGCCGCUCCUCCCCUGGGCUUCCACCCUCCCUGAUUCACGACCAUAAAGCCUCCACGCCGUCUUUGCAGAGCCGUCUCCUUGUUUGAAAGUGGGGCUCUUGUCGGUCAGUCCACUGGGUUCUGGUGGCUCCACAGUCCGUGUGGCAGCCACGGGGACGCUGAAUUUCGGAGAAGGCAGAGCAGGGCGCUUCUCAAGCGCGGUGUCACUGGGACUUCGGACCACAUCACUCUCGGUUGUGGGGCGCUGUCCUGUGCCCUGUGGGAUGCUUGCCAUCCCUGGGGUGGGGGCUGCCAGCUUGAUGCCCGCAGCCCUGGCCCCCACCCUGUCACACACAGUGAGCUGGAAUCCCGGGGGCAGAGGGCCAGUGAGUGUACAGACUCAACCACUGAGACGCAAGAGGCCAGCGUCCUAAGCCAAGCAGGGUUUUGUUCCUUUCCUGUGGGUGGCCGGGGCAGGUCUGGUGGCUGCUCCCACGCAGUGCUCAGGGGCCCAGGCUGCUGCCCUCUGGCUGCUUCCCCGACCGGGGAAGUCGCUUUGAUUGGCACGAUCCACGAUGGCGCAGCUGCACCUCGGCAGCGAAGAGAGGCCGGGUGGAAGGGGCACCCUGGUGUUUGCCCAUGACUGCAUCCGGGCCAAUACUGAGUUCCAUGGCUACCUCUGCCUGCAAGGGAGGCUAGAAAGGCUGGCCUUUGGCUGGGUGGCAGUGUGUCCAUUUUCAAAGUCCACCUCUUGUGUUCCAUCAGCAGCUAAGAUGCUGCUUGGGACACCCAUCUCCUACAUUUGGGAACCUGGGUUCGAUACCAGGCUCUGGUUCAUAACUCCAACUUCCUGCUGAUGCAGACCCUGGGAGGCAGCGGUGGUGGCUCAUGGAAUUGGGCUGCUGCCUCCUGCAGGAGAGACCUGGAUCGAGUUGCUGUCUCCUGGCUUCUGCCUGGCCAGCAUUGGCGGAGUGUACUCUCUGCUUCUCAAAUGCAUGAGCGCAUGAAUGAAGAAAUUUUUGAAAGCCCACUUCCUUUCAAGGGGGAGAGUAUGUGGAGACAGUUGCCAUUUCAUUUUAGCAGAGAUUGGCCUGAGGGCACCGGGCAAGGGACUGAGAUCUGCACCCAGACCAGGUGCCUCAGUUUCUCUUGGGGCGUCAGUCCCCAGGGCAUGCUGGGCUCCCUCCUCGAACAUUCCAUGUUUGCUGCUCCGGGUUUCCGGAGUCCCUCUUUCCGUACUAUUUCUCUUUCAAUAUCUCAGUGAAGAGUGUGAGGCCGGACCAGAAGCUCCGUGCUGUCGCCUUUUAUCAGCUGUGGUCGGGGGCAGGAAUGAAAAGUUCCAGGCAGGAGCAGAGAGUGGGAGGGGCAGAAAUCCCAGUCUCCGGCUGGGGCAAGAAGGGGAACUUACGGAUGUGGGGUGCUCCAGCCCGUUCGGACAGGCAAGACCAGGGGCUCAGGACAGUGGGAGCCAGGCACGCAGACCCCUUAGGUGUCCUUCUUUCGCCACUUUGAAGAUAUUUCUUUAUUUUCAUUUUGUUUGAAAGGCGAGGGACAGAGAGAUCUAGGGGGAUCCUUCACCCAUUGGUUCACUCUCUGCCCACAGUAGCCCAGGCUGGGCCAAGCCGGAACCAGGAGACUGGAGCUCACUCCAGGUCUCCCAUGUGGGUGGCAGGGAUCCGAGCAGUAUCCCAGCCAUCGCCUGCCGCCUCCCAGGAUGUGCACUAGCAGGAAGCUGGCGUCAGACCCGGAGUCUGGGCUCAAAGUCUACAGUUUGGUACUGGAUACGGGCACCCCAGGCAGCGUCUUAACCUCUGCCCAUGCCCACCCCUCACCAUUUUCACGCUUCCACCAUACCCACGGGGGAUAUUUCCUGUCUCACGGCCACAGCUGCUGGACACAGAGUUUCCUGUGCCGGCCUGGCCUUGAGCUUUGCUAUCUCAGGAAAGGGGCUCACUGGCUCACCGUAGGGCAAGUGUCCACUUAGAGCCCAACACCCAAGGCUAGGGCAGGGUCCUGUGUAUGGUCCCCUUGGGGUCCUGGGCUUGGGUCGUCUCAGAACAAGGCAGCCCUGUGGCCGUGUCGUGGUGGGGAAGGCAGGUUCCAGAAGAAACGAUCAAAGGGCAGCUCAGCCACAGCACGCGGAUCCUUUUGGCGUGGACUGGGCUCUGGGGAUGGGGGCGGGCUCUGGGUUGUCCUACACAGGGUUUUGAAAAAAAUGCAAAUUGGCUGCCUCCGUUUCAAGUCAGGAGAUGUCACAUUUAAAAUCUCCUUUUCUGGCGGCUCUUUAAAAAUAAAACCUCGAGUGCACCGGGUCUGGGGUGUGAACGCUUCGGGACGUGGGUGUCAGGCCGCGGCAGGGAGGGUGUUUGCCAUGGCCCUGCCAGAGCGCCUCCCACCCAGCUGCCGACAAGGAGCCCGAGGCCCAGCCGGGUGAGGGACUCCCCCAAGCCUUCUGCUCUUCCCCUGGAUCCUUGCCCAGGCGCCUCCCUGGGGCUUGUUACAUAAACGUUUAUUUACAUCUGCUCCUCCCAUAAAGGGCCCGAGGAGGCUGCAGCCACAGCUCCCACUUGGGAGGGAGAAGGAGGUCCGGACAAACCCUGAUUUACGACUUUCUGACUUGGCGAUGGCGCGAAAGCCGUACGCACUCAGCGGAAACUGUGUUUUGCAGCGUGAAUGUGGGUCUUUCGCAGGCGAGUGCUGUGUGGCUGGAGUCUGCCCUGAUGCCAGGCAGCGGCAGCAGCCACAGCUCCCGCUCAGCUGGGUUGCUGCGCUAGGAUGGUCUGUGUGCUGGGGCACUCAGUGCGUUUAUUUAUUUAUUUUUUCAGAAAAUUGGUAGUUUUUAUAAAAGAUUCAUUUUUUGAAAGGAGAGUUAGAGGGAGUGAGAAAGAGGAGAGAGAGAGAGAGAGAGAGAGAGAGGAAAGGCACAUCUUCCAUCUGCUGGUUCACUCCCCAGAUGGCCACAGUGGCUGGGGCUGGUCUGAAGCCAGGUGUCCAGAGCUCUAUCCGGGUCUCCCACGUGGGUGGCAGGAGUCCAAGCACUUGGGCCACCUGCUGUUGCUUUCCCCAACACAAUAACAGAGAGUUGCAUUGGAAGUGUAGCAAGUUCAAGUGUAGGACUUGAGCUGGUGCUAUUAUGGGAUGCCAGCAUCACAGGUGGCAGCUUAACCCUUUGCACCACAGUGCUGGCGUCU